GUUUUACACGAAUAUAUUAUGGGAAAACUUUGAUAUUAAUUUGUGAAUGAAAAUUUUUUUCUGGAGUGAAUUGGUGAAAAUUAUUUUGAGAGUGAUUAUUUUUGUACCAGGAUUUAUUAACGAGGAAGUUUUUUACUUUGUGUCGCCUUCAGGAUGACAACGAAUUAAGCAAGCCAUAACAGAAAACAUCUCAAACAAUUACUGCCAACAUUUCAAAAAAGUGUGUUCAAAAAAAAUGUGAUAUAAAGUUUUUUGAAUAUUCCCUAAGUGUUCUUCUUAAAAAUAUGUGAUAAACUAAACGCUCAAAAAAAUAUAAUCAAAUCAAAAUGGCACUACGAUUACGUAAAGAUAUAAAAAAAUCCUCAUAUUAUGUAUGGUUUUUAGGCGCAAAAGAAUCACAAGGAUUACGAGGUGAUGAAUAUAUUUUACCAGUUGUACGACACUUAAUUGAACGGGAACGUGAUAUUGAACCGUUUAAGGUCACUUUACAAGUCUCACAUAAAGGUUUAAAAAUCAUACAAAAUAUUAUAACAACAAAUACGAAACAUUCGAAACCGAAAAAUGAGACAAUUAAACAUUUUAUACCGCAUAAUACGAUAACGUGCGUUUUGCAGCAUGAAGAUAUUGUGGCCUGUAUUCUUUUAUUAUUUAAUCCAGUGACAAAAUGUCCGUUACAUGUUCACGCAUAUCGUUGCGACAGUUUAGAAACGGCUACCUUGUUAAAGAGCCAAUUACAAAUCCUAAUCGAACGACCAGAGAAUCAAAAGAAAUUUACGGAAUUAGAACAACGAUUAAAAUUGAAGAGUAAUCCACAAACUAAAGUACUUAAAGCGAAAAAAUUCGACAGUAGUUUAGGAAGCAGUGAUACAGGCACAACGACAUCAUCUGCUCGAGAAUCAGAAUCUAGCGAUGAACAACACCGUUUUAAUCAUGAAACACGUAUUGCCAAUUUAUAUGAUUCCUUAGCGGCAGAAUUACGUCAAAAAUUAGGUAAAAAUGAUCCAAUUUUAUUACCGCCACGUGAUUAUGAUACAGUGCAUAGACAAAAGGGAAAUUUAACUGGUAUUGAGUUACGGCGUAGUUUAAAUUCGAAUAUUGUUGGAUUAAAUAUGAAAAAUCAACAAACAAAUGGUGCUAUUAUUGAAAGUGGUGUGGCAAAUGGUGCAAGUGGUGGGGGGCGACGUGGUGGUUUAGAAAGUAGUGGGGGUUCAUCUGGUAUUGGGUCGGAUCAUGCACCAUCUCCGGAUGGUAAAGAGGAUGUUUCUAUUACACAUGAAAGUGGUGUGAAUCGAUUUUCAAAUCCGGUGGAUAAUCAAAGUAGCAGUGAUGAAGAUUGGAACGCUGAACCAAUGGAAUCCACAUUAUAUCUAAUGCAUGGUACUGCAGCACCAAGUGAACCCUUAGCAAGAAUGCGUAACGAACAUAUUGAACAUGAUUCACAUCGAAAAUUACAACGGGAGGUACCUAAAGCUGCCACCCGUUAUGCACCAGUUGAAUAUAACGAUAAACGACCAUCGAAAUAUAUUGAAAACGAACCCAUCCGAUAUCAGGAACAAAACAAAACGAAAUACCAACAAAAACCAAACGCAUCACCCAAACAAAAAUAUUUUGGGGAAAUGAAUUAUUCAAGGCAUGAACAACCUUCACCUUUACCCGAUAAUAGCUACAAAACAUUGGGUAAAUCUGAUAAAAAUGGUUCAAAAUAUAUUGAAUCCAGUCCAAAAAUUAACGAUCGAUAUCAUUCAUCUGGUCAAAAAUCAAAACACCCCGAAGAAGAUCAUAGAUAUAUUAGCGAUAGAUAUUACGACUCAAAGAAAAUUGAGGAAUAUGUUGAAGAUCCUUCGGCUCGUUAUUAUGAUGAUUCAUCACCAAUUGCUUCAAGACGUCGUGCUGAAAGUCGUCAGCGGUCACCAUCUCCAAAAGAGAAAGAUAUAAUCGAUAAUCAAGUCAGUCCAAAAGAUCGAUUUAAAGAUGCGAAAGAGAAAUUCUUGUCGUUAGAAAAACAACGUUUAGAAGAACAAGAACGUUUAGCAGCGUUACGUCGUGCCACUCAACAAGAAAAACCAAUAUCACCCAUAAAUAACGCUCGAGUAACCGCAUACAGUUCUAGAAAUUGGACGGUAGACGACGAAGAACAUGAUUAUUUCGAAAACGAUAAUAAACGAGAUUCAAAAAGUUACAGUAAACGACAUGAAACCGAGAAACAAAAAUAUGAUAAGGAAGUGCAAAGUCGAUAUUCCGAUGGAAACGAUAAUCGAUAUUAUCAAGUUGACGAACGAUAUGCUGACGAUAAUCGUUACGAUUACAAGGAUAACGAUAAAAUAAAAUAUUUCAAUCGAUAUAACGAACAAACAUCUGAUUUACGAUACAAACAACAGAUGGAUAAUCGAUAUGUAGCAGACAAUCGUUAUAAUAGACGUCAACCAGUAUCAAAUCAUCCAAAACCUGCACCAAGAAAUAGUUUACCUCCACAGCAAACGGAAUCCUAUGAAUUUGAAAACCACGUUCCAUUGGAACGAUAUCGGAACGUGGAUCAUCAUGUAGAUCCUAAACGUAGGUCCAUGUAUAAUUUAAUCGAAGAUGAACAUAAACGGACGUCUAACGAAAUUGCGAAGGAAUUAAAACGUCGUUCAUAUUUAGAAAAUUCUGAACGAUAUUUUAACGAGCCCGCUGAUCAUCGAUAUUAUAGCCGCGAGAAACCAUCGAAUGGAUAUGGUGAAAUAAGCGAACAUGAACGGUAUCCAGGUUUGGAUCGGGAUGAUUAUCGAUUGUCAAAAUCAUCGUUAGAUUUAGAUAAAAUGGGGCGUAAAUCAAAUCAAUCCAAUGGUGUGCCGCAACAACGAUCAAUGAUGACAAAAAGUACACUAGAGUUAGAUCGAACCGAAGGUUAUGAUCCAAAAUAUAUGAAAAAUCAACAAAUUAUUUCAAAUCAACAACAGCAACCAAAAAUGCCAACAAAAUCACCAAUACCAAAUGCUGUUGGUUAUCGUCAUAGUUAUGCUGAACCUAAAUUACGUAUUGAGCGUAUGGGUGGUAAGAAAUUGUUUCCUGAUAUGUUACAUCGUACAAAUAGUACUGUUUCAAAUUCAGGACGUGUUGGAAUUGCUAGUAUACAUCCUUAUUAAAUUUAUUGAGGACAGAAAUAAUCCCGAGUAUCUGUGCGAAUCGAUUCAGGUCGCUAGUAAUGAAAAGAACGAACGAUAUUUCCAUAAAUUGUAUGUAAUUUUUAUUGGUAUUGCCUAUAAAUGUAUAAUUUUAUGGUUAAGAAAAUUUUGAAAAGUGAAAUGUAACCGAAAUUGUAAAGCCUGUUUUAUAAAAGACAUUAUAGAAGUAUGGUUUAUAAGCGACGAGAUUUUUUUAAGAUGCCCACUUGUAGAAAAAAAAAACUUUCUUACUUUAAUUAACUUUUUACUGAUUUUGGACUUGAAGAUAUACCGCAAAAAACAUUUCCUCUUGUUUUUCUCAGAACAUUACUAAAUUCAGUUUCCAAUUUUUAACUUAUUUUUAUCUGUUCCAAAAAUUAAAUAAUUGUCUUUCCCAAAUUCAAUGUCAUUGCAUAUCAAAAGAUACUCAAGUUGCAGAAACGUAAACUUUCAAAAUUCCGAAGAGGAUAAGUACUUAAAUGGAUUGUAGCAAUCAAGUUACCUAGAAUUGGCAAUGCAUAGAGUCACAAUAGUAAGGUGAACUAUUCGCUGAAAUCCUAUAUUGAUUGUAAUUUUGUAAG